AUGAAAUUAGCUAUUUAUCAAAGCUGGUACUUAAUACCGGUGAUUCUUUCGCUUUUACAGUUUGCUCUUGGAGAUGACGAUACUAUUUCGUGUGAUAAAGACAACAAAUGUCCUAAGUCGUCGCCUUGUUGCUCGCAAUACGGACAAUGUGGUACCGGGGCUUACUGCUUAGGAGGUUGUGACAUUAGAUUUUCGUAUAGUUUGGACUCGUGCAUGCCUAUGCCACGUAUGACCGACUUCAACACAUCCUUCACUUCAACUAAACAACUUGAAAAACAAGACGAGUACUUAGGAAACUCAUCUGAAACCGACUGGCUUUAUACGGGAUAUAUUGACACCCAUGACGAUGCAUUGUUAUUACAAAUGCCUAACCAUACAUCGGGUACUGUUAUUUCAUCUUCGAAGUACUUAUGGUACGGAAAAGUUUCCGCCAAGUUAAAGACUUCUCGUGAUGGGGGUGUUAUUACUGCGUUUAUUUUAUUCUCUGAUGUGCAAGAUGAAAUUGAUUUUGAAUACGUCGGUUACAAUUUGACUGCACCACAGUCAAAUUACUAUCACCAGGGUAUUUUGGAUUAUAAUAACGCUAAAAAUUCGUCCACUUCCGAUACUUUCAAGAAUUAUCACACUUACACCAUCGACUGGCAAGAGGAUAAAAUUGACUGGUAUGUGGAUGACGAAAAGGUGCGUACCUUAGAGAAGAAGGACACCAAGAACGAAACCACUGGUGACUACGACUAUCCUCAAACUCCAUCACGUAUUCAAAUGUCAUUGUGGCCAGGUGGUGCCAGCUCGAAUGGUCUUGGUACUAUUGAAUGGGCCGGUGGUGAAAUCAACUGGGAUUCCGAAGAUAUUAAGAAGACCGGAUACUACUAUGCCUAUUUGAAGGAAGUUGAAGUUACUACUUAUGACUUACCUGAUGAUGUCGAGCUUGAUGGUAGUGACGAUCCGGAUGAUUUGCACGCAUUCCUUUUCAACUCCACCGACGGGAACAUGGACAAUAUCUACUUGACCAAUAAAACGACCUGGUUGGGUAAUGGUGACGCUACUGGUCUCGAUCCAGAUAACGACAAGAAGAAGAGCUCCAAGUCCACGUCCAAGUCCGAAUCCAAGUCGAAUUCGAAGUCCAAGUCCGGCUCUACGGGCACAUCUACCUCCAAAACCGUAGCUGUUCCUACUGAUCCAAAGGCCACUAUUGGAGAUAGUGACGGUAACGAUGGUGCCGCCACCUACAAUCCAAGUGGUGGUAUUGGUGGCUUUGUCCAAAACUCAAAGAAGACAGAUGAUUCUUCUGAUUCUUCUGGAUCCUCUGGAUCUUCUGGAUCGUCUUCAAGUUCUAACAACUCCCCAACCUUUAAUAUUGCGACAGCUUUCGGUAUCGCUUCAGCCACUGUAUUUGGGGUCAUCUCUUUGUUCUUUUAG